AUGCCACUAAGCCUACUUAUACAGUUGCUCAUCAUCUAUUCAAUUUUAUAUUUCUCAUCGAGUGAAAAUCAAUAUUAUCGAAUUCAACCGCAUGAUAUAUCUGCGUUAAUUGGCUCAAAUAUUACUAUUCCAUGUGUGAUUGCUUUACCGCAUGGUGACAUACAAUGGACCAAAGAUGGUCUAGCGUUAGGUUACGAUCGACAAUUACCUGCGUUUCCUUCGUGGUCAAUCAUCGGGGAUGAAAGUCGUGGCGAAUACAAUUUUCUGAUUCAAUCAUUGAAAUUAGAAGACGAAGGUAUCUUCGCCUGUGAAGUUUCACCCUAUAAGGAUGCACCGGCAUUGAAACAAGUAGCACAUGUACGAACAUUGAUUGAACCACAGCGUGUACAGAUUAACAAUCAGCCGUUAUGGAAUGAAACAACCAUUGUCAUGAUCAGAUACGACGAAACUAUUCAUCAGAUCAAUUGUGAAGUUGAUGCAGCACGACCAGCAGCUCAUAUAAAAUGGUUUAAUGAAACCGGCCAAGAAUUCCCAGCAACAUCAAGAACAUACACUCAAAAUCGUAUCUUUUCAACCACGAGUACAUUAACCCUGGUUCCAUCAUUAUCAUUGAAUAAUAAGCGUUUUACGUGCCAUGUCCAUCAUGAAACAUUACUCGGCAAAAUGGAUAGACUAUUUACGACAGUUGAGAUUCAAAUUACAUCCCCACCAAGUCUCCCAACGAUUCACGGUUACACACCACCGCAUUUGUUAAUCAAUGCUUCAUAUUUAACACUCUCGUGCUUAUCGUAUGGUGGAUAUCCUUUGGGCAGAUUAUCAUGGUAUAGAUUAGAACGGGGAGACAAUAAACAAUUCCAUCUGAUUGAUAAUUCAUCGAUUUCAUAUCCCCAACAAAACAUGACUGUUAAUAAUAUAUCAAUGAUUGUUACACCUUCGGAUAAUAAUGUAACAUUUUUAUGCCAAGUUACCAAUGCAUAUCUCUCCUCCAUAGGACAAACACUGCAAACGGAUGUUACUCUACGAGUUGCUUUUGGUCCAUCGUCUGUACAUAUUCGUGAUAAUAGAAAUCAGAUCAACAUAACCACUCUGAUCGAUGGAACUCCACGGCAAUUUCAAUGUCGAACAGCAUCGUCUAAUCCUCGACCAAUAGUAAACUGGAAACUAAAUGGACAAGUUCUUUCGCCUGAUAUCGAUCCGAUAGAAGAGCCAGGUGAAUUCGCAGGAAAGAUCGUUCAAAUAACCAAAACCCUCGGUCUUGAUAAAUCCUUACGAGAAUAUCAUGGAAAGAUCCUUUCGUGUGAAGCACGAAAUCCUGAAACAGGCCAUAUUGUUACUGAUUCGACGCAAUUGAAUGUUAUCUACGACGCAAUAAGCAUUGAAAUGUAUGGAAUAUCACAGAAUAAGUUGAUCAAAGCAGGUGAUACCGUCACCGCAGAAUGUAUUUUAACUGGCGGACAUCCGUUAGGAAAAAUUAUUUGGUAUAAAGGUGGUGAAUUACUUCAAUCCGACUACAUCAUGGAGUCGACUGGUAAUUACGCGACAAGUCGUGUACAGUUCACUGUUUCAGUGUCGGAUAACAAUCUUCCGUUGACAUGCAAAGGACAAGUCGAAAACUUUCCUCAAAAAUUUGCAUCGUUCGUUCUCAAUGUGACCUUUCUUCCUGCGGAGAUAUCAAUUGUUGAAAACGAACUCUUGUCGAAUUUAUCUAUGAAUAACGAAGGUCCACGUGAAUUCGAAUGUCGAUCUUCGAAAUCCAAUCCUCCCGCUCAGUUGAAAAUAACUCGUCAAUCAAAUGAUGGACAGAAGUACGCCGAUGUCCAAUACAAAACUUUAACGUCCGAUACAACAGGCGUGAACUCAAUCAAAUUCAUGUUACCACAAAUCGAUCGUUCCCUCCAUGGAAAUUUGUUGACAUGUGAAGCUAUUUUAGAUAUCAGUCCUGCACCAUUGACCAAACAGAUUACUUAUGUGCUCAAUGUGAAUCAUAAACCGUAUUUUCGUGAUUUCUAUACAUUGAUCGAAGUGAAAGAAAAUCAAUGGUUCAAUAUUACAUUGGAGGCGACUGGUUAUCCAAUGCCGAUUACAUAUCAAUGGUUUCAUCCGUCGGGAAGACAACUCAUGAACGAUGAACUGAAUAUUUUUGUCAACCAGGGGCAAUUAGCUGUGACGAACAUUCAACGAAGUGAUUCUGGAACUUAUCGCUGUGCUGCGUCGAAUCUAGUUGGAAGUACUCAAGUGAAUGUUACAUUAAAUGUUCUUUAUGGGCCGAGUAUUAGUCGAACUCAGGGAUAUGCAGUGACAGAAGCUUUAAUGCCAGGCUCUUCGGCGAUACUCCUAUGUGUCAUUAACAGCAAUCCAAUGAAUAUUAGUAAUAUACGCUGGUUAAAAGAUAAUCAAGAGGUUUCCACUGAUCUAUGGGAAAAACGAAUCGAAGGCAAUGAAACAGCAUUAAUUCGAAAAUCGGUUCAACGCGACGAUGCAGGACAGUACGUCUGUGAAGUAGAAAACCAAUUGGGAAGCACGCGUGCGACAUUACCACUGGUUAUUCAAUAUGCGCCGGAAAUUGAUCGGACCAAUCCAAGUCGAAACAAAGCCGCAGCCGAUGCUGACCGUUUCUUAACAGCUGAACUUCAUUGUCAAGUGUCAGCUAUACCGAAACCAACAAUUGUAUGGAUGAAGAAUAAUCUGCCGUUAUCUUUGACAGCUUCGUCAAAAUAUCAAACCAAAUUUCAAGAACACCUUUUUAACUCUUCAUUCUCACCGAAUCAAACAUACGAAACGACUUUAUAUAUCAUGAAUAUCACCAAAUCAGAUUACGGUGUGUAUCAAUGUAAAGUGGAAAAUAAAUUAGGCAUUGAUGUAUCGGAGAUUAUUCUAACCGGACUUACUAUACCUGAUCCUCCAAGUCAAGUUCACGUUGUUAAUAGCACACAUUCAUCAUUGCUAAUAAGUUGGACGCCUGGCUUUGAUGGUGGAUCUUCUCAAACCUUUCAACUUCGCUAUCGCAUAUCGUCAGAUACUUCCUAUGCCUACGUUUUCAUCCCUGCAGGUUUUCAAUCGUAUGCUUUGAAAAAUCUUCGAUUUGGAAGCGAAUAUCAUCUCAGUCUUCGAUCGAACAACUCCCAUCAUUUAAGCGAGUGGACUGAUGAUAUUAUUCAAUCGACGGCAUCAUUCGUUCCCACAUCAUUAUUUCACUCAAUAGAUUUAUCUCCAAUAAAAUAUUCGUAUACUUUUCUGAUUAUUAUUACACUCAUCGGUCUAUUGAUUAUCUUUAUCAAUAUUAUUUUAAUAUCAUUCUUCCUGGUCAAACGCCGGCGUGUUCAUGCGACGAGCGAUAAUUCCUCUACAACAGGUACAAACGAAACCGAAACGAAUACAGUCGAUAUAUUUCAGCCGAUUCCAUCGAAUUUUUUCUUACCGCCGCCAUCGCAAAUAGCGAAUACUUAUCAAAAGUAUGACGAUGAUGACAUUCAACGACCAUUUGUUCCGACAUAUUCCAUAGUAAAUAUGCCCAAUCGAGGUAAAUUCAAUCCUUCUGCAUUCUUUUCAUUCAUCUCCUCCGUUUUCUUUCCAGUUGAUAGUUCGCCCACAUACGGAGUUAUCAAAAAAGAUCGCUUGUCUACCUAUGAUAAUUUUCGUCCUCAUCAAUUUUAUCCCAACAUUCACGAUAAUAAUCAUAUAAGCUACCGAAGUUUUCGAGAUGGUACAAGUAGUUCAACCGACAUGCGCGAAUGUGUUCGCGCAGAAUUAGUUUAG